CAUCUCGUUUUAUCAUGAUUGCUGCGGCGUUUUUGGUGCUGUUGAGGCCGUACAGUAUCCAGUGUGUGCUGCUGUUACUGCUGCUGUUGCUCGGGACUAUUGCGACUGUUUUGUUUUUCUACUGCUGGCAUCGCAGGCUUCGUGAUGGGAAACAUCCAAUAAAAUCCAUGCUCUCCGGGCGCACCAGGAGCCGCGUGGGCCUCCGAUCACAUCAUUUUCGAUCAGAGGGCUUCAGGCACAGUCCACGUCAUGCAAGAAGGAGCAUACAUGCUCGAGUGACAGAAGAAAAGCCCAAUCUGGUCGAGAUUCCUGAAAGCGAACCCGAUUCAUCGUCGACUCUAAGAAAACGCAAAGUGAAGAAGAGAGUCCUGCCAGAAUUUUACCAGUCUGUACAAGUCACCCCCACACGUAAACCUAGCUCCAGUUCGGGGAACCCUUCCCUGCACUGCUCCAUGUCUUCCUCGGCGGAUUUCUCAGACGAGGAAGACUACAGUGUGAAAUCUGGGUCGGCAUCACCUGCACCCGGGGACACUUUACCCUGGAACCUGCCGAGGCAUGAGCGGUCCAAGAGGAAGAUUCAGGGAGGAUCCGUCCUGGACCCAGCGGAGAGAGCCGUGCUCCGGAUCGCAGAUGAAAGAGACAGAGUGCAGAAGAAGACAUUUACCAAAUGGAUAAACCAGCAUCUGCUGAAGGUACGAAAGCAUAUCAAUGACCUGUAUGAAGACCUACGAGAUGGACAUAACCUGAUCUCACUGCUGGAGGUUUUGUCUGGAGACACAUUGCCAAGGGAGCGUGAUUUUCUGAAGACUUUGCGGUUGGUGAGUGGGACAGAAGCAUGUGCAGUUGAGCAGCAUGGAGACACGGUGGAUGAUGAUCAGGGGCCUCGGGAGAGAGGAAGGAUGCGCUUCCACAGACUCCAGAAUGUACAAAUAGCGCUGGAUUAUUUAAAGAGGCGACAGGUCAAACUUGUAAAUAUCAGGAAUGAUGACAUCACAGACGGCAACCCAAAACUGACCCUGGGAUUGAUCUGGACCAUAAUUCUGCACUUUCAGAUCUCGGAAAUCCACGUGACGGGGGAGUCCGGGCACAUGACCGCCAAGGAGAGGCUACUGUUCUGGUCCAGGCAGACGACAGACGGCUACGUAGGCGUACGCUGUGACAACUUCACAACCUCCUGGAGGGAUGGCAGGCUCUUUAACGCCAUCAUCCAUAAAUACAGGCCAGACCUGGUUGACAUUAGCUAUGUUUCAACACAGACUAACCGAUCAAAUUUAGAGAAUGCGUUUUGUGUGGCCGAACAGCUGGGGGUGGCCCGACUGCUGGACCCUGAGGAUGUAGACGUUCAGUCGCCCGAUGAAAAAUCUGUCAUCACAUACGUCUCAACCUUGUACGAUGCUUUCCCCAAAGUCCCUGAUGGUGUUGAUGGAAUCAGUCCAAAUGAUGUGGAUAUCAAAUGGGUGGAGUACCAGAACAUGAUCAAAUACCUCAGCCAGUGGAUCAGACACAAUGUGGUCGUAAUGUCAGAUAGAUCAUUCCCCAACAACCCUGUUGAACUCAAGGCACUUUAUACACAGUAUCUCCGGUUUAAAGAACACGAAAUCCCGCUGAAAGAGAACGAGAAGACAAAAAUCAGCACUCUCUAUAAAAUGCUUGAGAUGUGGAUCGAGUUUGGACGCAUUCAGUUACCCCAGGGUCAUCACCCGAACGAUGUGGAGAAGGAAUGGGGUAAAUUAAUUGUUGCCAUGCUGGAAAGAGAGAAGAGCCUGAGGCCUGAGAUGGAAAGGCUUGAGAUGUUGCAGCAGAUUGCCAACAGGGUCCAGCGGGACUGUGUCAAUGGCGAGGACAAGCUGGCCUUCGCAAGAACUGCCCUGCAGUCUGAUGCAAAACGUCUGGAGUCUGGUAUUCAGUUCCUGAAUGAAGCUGAGAUUGCCGGCUACCUUUUGGAGUGUGAGAAGAUCCUCAGACAACAAGUAGUGGACAUCCAAAUUCUUCUCGAUGGGAAAUUCCCCUUUGCAGAUCAACUUGUCCAAAGGGUGUCGAAACUACGGGAUGAACUUUUAGCCCUGAGAUCAGAGUGUUCUUCUGUGUACAGCAGAGGUCACACUCUUACGACAGAACAAACCAAAUUGAUGAUCUCGGGCAUCACACAAAGCCUGAACUCUGGCUACUCUCAGAACAUCAACACAAGCCUGACGCCAGCCCUGACUCCAGGAUUCACCCCAGGGGGUUUAGGUACCCCUGGGUCCACAUUCACCUCCAGCCUUACACCGUGCCUGACCCCGUCCUUUUCCCCUGCUAUGACUCCCGGUCUGCCGUCUGCUUCACCCCAGAGCUACAUGGGGAGUGGUGGCGGCAUGGACCCAGGCAGCCUCAGGCACCUGAAAAACAUGCAGAUCCGCAACCCCUUACAUAAAUCCUCACUGGCAGACCCCAACAUGACAGAAGAGGAGGUCAGCAUGAACUUUCUUCAUGACCUUCUGAGCUGGGUGGAAGAGAUGCAGAUGCAGCUCGGUCGUUCUGAUUGGGGAUCUGAUUUGCCAACUGUGGAAAUGAAUUUAUAUAAACACAAAAGUGUACAUAGAGCCAUUGAAGAAUUUCAAAUUAGCAUUAAAGACGCCAAACUGAGUGAGAUUCAGAUGACCAUCCCCAUGAAAAUAUCUUAUUCAGACAAACUGAGCAAACUAGAAAAGCAGUAUGAAAGGCUGCUGACCUGUUCAAGAGAGCGACAGAGCCACCUGGAAAGCCUGCAUGACUUUGUGUCACAGGCAACGCAGGAGCUCAUCUGGCUGAAUGAGAAGGAGGAGGAGGAAGUCGCCUUUGACUGGAGCGAUCGCAACGACAACAUCUCCAAGAAAAGAGACUACCAUGCUGAUCUGAUGAGGGAGCUGGAUGAAAAGGAAGAAGUGAUCAAGUAUGUGCAGGAGAAGGCAGAGCGACUAAUGCUCAAGAACCACCCAGCCAGGCUCACUAUUGAAGCGUACAGGGCUGCCAUGCAGACCCAGUGGAGCUGGAUUCUACAGCUCUGCUCAUGCGUGGAACAGCAUCUCAAAGAGAAUGCCGUUUAUUUUGAGUUUUUCAAGGAUGCCAAAGACUCCAUGGAUUACCUUAAGAGCCUGCAAGAUGCCAUUCAAAGAAAAUACAGCUGCGAUCGAUCAAGCAGCCUGCACAGACUGGAGGAUCUUGUUCCGGAGUCCAUGGUUGAGAAAGAGCAACUUCUUCAGUACCGCAGCACUGUGGCUGGGUUAGUGGGCCGGGCCAAGAAUAUUGUCCAGCUCAGGCCCAGGAACCCUGAAAGCCCCCUGAGAUCCUCCAUCCCUGUCAAAGCCAUCUGUGAUUAUCGUCAGAUAGAGAUGACCAUUUACAAAGAGGACGAGUGCGUUCUGGCCAGUAACUCUCACCGGGCCAAGUGGAAAGUCAUCAACCCAGCAGGCAAUGAGGCCAUGGUGCCCUCUGUGUGUUUCACUGUGCCUCCACCCAACAAAGAGGCUGUUGAAAUGGCGACAAAAACUGAACAGUUAUACCAGAACGUCCUGGCACUCUGGCACCACUCCCACAUCAACAUGAAGAGCGCGUUGUCGUGGCAUUAUCUAACUGCUGACAUACGCGCCAUACGCAACUGGAAUGUGGCUUCAAUAAAGACCAUGUUACCGGGUGAGCAUCAGCAGGUCUUGAGCAACCUGCAGUCCCACUUCGAGGAGUUUUUGGAAGACAGCGAGGAGUCCGAGGUAUUCGCAGUGUCCGACUGUGCCCAGCAAGAGCGAGACGUCGUGGCCUGCAAAGACUACUACCAGGAGUUACUCCGAUCUGCAGAAAGAGAGGAACACGAGGAGUCGGUAUACAAUCAUUACAUCUCAGAAAUACGCAACUUCCGAAUGCAUCUAGAGGCCCAAGAAGAACACCUGAUCAGGCAACUGCGCACACCGCUGGAGAGAGACGACCUGGAGCAGAGUCUGCAGCGCAUCACAGAACAUGAGGGGAAGACAGCGGAGCUGAAUAAACUGAGGCAGGACCUUGACGUUAUGAAGGACAAGUGUGAACUGUUCCUCCGACAGGCUGCAGGUUCUCCUUCUGUACCGGCACUUUCCUCUGAACUCACCGUUCUCAUUCAGAGCAUGAGCCAAGUGUACUCCAUGUCUUCCAUUUAUAUGGACAAACUAAAAUCAGUGAGCUUAGUGGUGAAGCACAGCCAGAGUGCAGAGGCGCUAGUUAAAGCCUACGAAUCCAAACUCUAUGAGGAAGAUGCCAUGAACUCUGACGUCAAAUCCAUUGAUGCCAUCAUAACAACACUCAAGCAAUGGCGGACAGAGGUUGACGAGAAGCAGGAGGUGUUCCAUGACAUGGAGGAUGAGCUGCACAGAGCACGGGUCAUCAGCGACCGCAUGUUUAAGGCACAUAACGAGCGGGACUUUGACCUCGACUGGCACAAGGAGAAAGCUGAUCAGCAGAGCGAGAGAUGGCAGAACAUUCACUCCCAGAUUGAUAACAGGCUUCGGGACCUGGAUGGUAUCAGCAAAUCUCUGAAACACUACGGAGACUCCUACCGCAAUCUUGAUCAAUGGGUUAGAGAAAUGGAAGCAGCACAGAUUAAGGCCCAAGAAAACAAACCUGAGGACAGCAAGGCUCUGGCUGAGCUGUUAAACAAACAGAAGGUCCUUGUUGCUGAAAUUGAACAAAAGCAGAGCAGGAUUGACGAGUGUCAGAAGUACUCAGAGCAGUACUCAUCUGCCAUUAAGGAUUAUGAACUUCAACUGAUGACAUUCAGAGCGAUGGUCGACUCCCAGCACAAAUCCCCUCUCAAGAAACGGAAGAUGCAGAGCUCUUCGGAUGCCAUUCAGCAGGAGUUUAUGGAUCUCCGAACCCGCUACACUGCUCUUGUGACUCUCAUGACACAGUAUGUGAAGUUUGCCAGUGAAACGCUGAAGAGAACUGAAGACGAGGAGAGAUCUGUUGAUGAGGAGAAGAGAGAGCACGGUGAUAAAGUUAGCAAACUAUUGCACUGGAUGUCCAAUGUGAAGCAGACCCCAAGCAAUGAUGGGAAUGCUCUGAAAGAUAGCAAUGCCAACACAGAUGCUUCUGAUAAGCCCCAGGUGUCAGUUGAGGAGAUGGUCACUAAGAAGGAACAAAUCGCAGAAGCACUGAGAGUCACACAAAUGAUACUGAACAAACACAGUGACAGAAUGACUUUGGAGGAACGAGAAAAGGUCCAGGAGCAGCUGAAGGAGCUCAAUCAGGCCUACAGUGAACUCUCCCAGCAUUGCUCCGAUCAGACAACCUCUGCAGAAGAGGUUUUUAAAUCCAGUGGUGCAGGGCUUGGUACUGGACCCAUGAGUGGCCUGAUUGAUCAGAUAACUGGGGUCGCUCUCCCAGAUACCCGACCUGAAACCUCCAACCUCUUUCAGUCUGAGCCACAUAUCCGUCUGGACCGGGACGAGGCUUUCAAACAAGAUCUCCUUUAUAAAUCCACGCUGGACCACUUGCCAACGCUGUACGAAGCAAACGAGUGCACACACGACUCUUCUGUGUCACUCUCUGACAUAGCAGCAGCUAGGGAAGGGGCCACGUGUCAAGAUCCUAUCAUCAAGGUGAUAGAGGUCAAAGAAGUCCAUGAUGGAUUGAAGGUGUGCUACACAGGGGACACACUGGCCCUGGAGAAUGCUUUUCAGUGCGGUGUGAUAUCUGCUGCUGUCUACGUAGAGAUCCUUCAGAGGCAAAAGACCAGUGAAGGUAAGAAUAAUCCCAGCGCUGCUGAAGAUGUGUCACUCUUAAAACCAGUGCAGGAGGUUAAUAGACUGAUAUUACAGUGCCUCAGCAGAAAUAAAUCACUGACAUCAGGGAGGAGUGUUAAUACUUUGAGGUCUUUUUAUGAUGGUUUAAGUGACCAGGAGAGCAAGUCAGAGGAAGUUAUGAUUAGUGGUGAAGAGCUAAAGGUGGAUGCAGCCGUUCAGUGUGAUUUGAUGCGCUGUAACAGCACACUCAUUGUGCUUGAAAAUCAGCAGCAGUUUAUAGGACUUGUGUUGCCUCGAUGUGGGGAAAUCCAGACUGUAACCACCUCAUUCCAGUAUGACCAACACAACACCAGUGAUACAUAUACAAGCACAGUGUUCAGUAAUCAGGAAAAGAUAGCAGCUUUUUACAUUCCAGAAAAUUCCCAGGUUGUAGACAUCAACUGCGCCAUUCAGAAUGGUUUGAUUGACACUUACACAGCAGAGAUUUUGAAAACUCUCGAUAUUCCUGAUGUGUUUCCGGACGUUGAUCACCUCAACGACAAGUUUUCUUCUUGGCUGAUGUAUAAAAAACUGACAGUUGAUGGAUGCCAUCAUGCUGCAGAUUGCUUCGAAGUCGAUGACAUCCCCACUCGCGCAGAGGCCACUCAGCUCUUCAUCUCCUACCUAAUGUUGAACAGUUACAUCGAUCCUGAGUCAAGACAGAGGGUACUAAUACUCGACAGACAGCUGAGUGAAAUGGUUAAAAUGUAUCUUGAAGAUUCACUAUUUUCCAAAAAGACUGAAACAAAUGUAACUUCGCUGACUUUAACUGUUGGAGAGCUUUCAGAGGGGGUAGAUUUAGAGAUACCGCUGCAAAUAUAUGAGGAGACAGAGGAGGUGAUGAAAUACAGGCAACAAUCUAUUGAUCAGCAUCAUUUAGUUUCCUCGGUCACUGGAGGAAUUAGCUUUGAUUGCAAAACAUCUGCAAAUGACGAGGCUCUUAAACAGGACAUUGGCUUGGAUACCACAGAGCUUGGUGUAGCGAAGGAAAACAUGUUCCACAACGGCAUAAACUGGACAAAUUCUGUUGAUUUUGCAGAGGGAGGUUGUCUCAGUAGUUUCCAAAUUGAUGAUGAAGGUUUAGGUCAAAUGUCAAGUCAAACUUUCUGCUCUCUGAACAGAACACAUGAUGGCUCUACUUUGAGGAUGUUUGACUCAGAGGUUUCAUCAACAUCCUGCCGACAAAAAUCUCCACAAUACAGCACUGAGUCCCUUUGUUGUGAAUCAGAAGGUACAGAUAUCCCCCAAGAUGAGAUUUUAGACUCUGAGGGCGUGUUGGAGAAGCAAAAUGAGCAAGAAUAUGCUCUUCAUCUUCUGAAAGCACAAAUUGGGGAACGGGACAUUUUAGAUGUCACCUGUGGGACGCGUUGUGACCUGGAGGCAGCUCUCAGUCAGGGACCAGUUGACAAGACGAUAGUGAGGAAACCGCUUGACCUGCAGUCACAUGAAACACAAAGUGCUGUAGGAGAUGAGGAGGAAGACACAAUGUCUGUUUUGAAACAGCCAGUGACCGAUGCAUCCAUAUCCUCAAAUAUUGCUCUUAGUGUAAUAGAGCCGCAACGCCUUUUGAGUUCUGGUUGCACCAUUAGUAUCAGUGAGUCAUUGCAGUCUGGAUCAGUUGGAGAUGGCUGCUUUGACUUAGACUCUGAAGCCAGCAGUUACCAAGAAGAAAGCUUCACCCAAUCCAUCUCUAAAGAUCACAAUCUACGUUUAAUGAAUAAUAACGAGGCUGAAAACAUGCAGACUGAGAGGAAGGUUGUUGUUGAUCUGACUAAUGAGGAGGGAGAGAAAGGAGAAGCAGAGGUAGAUGGUGAGACAACAGGAAAUGUAGGAGAGAUGAGUCAUCAUCUCCAUUAUUCCCCGCCCUCAGAUAGCGAUGACGAGUCUCUGAUGAGCUCACCCUCCUCAAGGAGUCAGUUUACUGCAGAGUGUAUUCAUCUCACUGACAAAUCUCCUUUACUAGCUGAAGAUGGUGACUCACAUGUUGUAAUCAAUAGUCAGCUGGUGGAUAUGGAUGUUGUGAUAGAAAACGUUGCUCCAACCACACAGUCACGUCCAUCGAGCACUGAUCCAGAAAGCCAGACUCACUAUUCCACUUCUAUCAAUCACUCCAAAUCUGGCAGCUCAUCUAUUGAUACAGAUUUCUUCAUCCCCCAAGUGGGAAACCAGACAGUUAGUGAGAGUGAAUUAGACAUUUCCUCAUCACACUGCGAUGUGGCGUCUGAGGAACGGCGAGCAGAGAAACACACAAGUGCACUUCAGUCCCCUUUAGACAGCGAGCCAACUCCCAGUGUAGAUUACUUAUCACCCAGAGAUUUGACCGAAAGUGCAAUCAUGUCAGAGUCCAGGGGAAACGGUGACUAUGACAACAACAUGACAGACGAUGGCAGCAGAAUCACAUUAACUCAGCAAGCAGCGCUUCAUUCACAAAGUGAGUUUAGUGUUGGAUCAGAGCCCAGCUUUCCUCAAAAAGGUCAGAUUACGCUUGAUGGUGAGAAAUCUCCUCAGUCAGCCGUUGUUUCAGAUGAAUUCACCGCAACAAAUGCUAAUAAUCCUCAGUGUUUUGAUGUUGAAGAUUUAGGGGACUACACUCAAACUCCCAGCAGCGCUUCUCUGGAAACAGUAUUGACUGGUGAGGAUCACAGAGCUGCAGAGGAUGUUGAGUUAAGCACAGACGGUCUUUCCCCCGAGAGGCAACACAAGAACAUUUACACAGUCACCAGAGAUACAGAGCAGCUCUCCACGCCAAGAUAUGCGGAGAAAGCGAGAGAUAAAGAAAAUAUUGGUGGAAAUGUCUCUGGGUCAGAAAUGAACUCAGAACAGUCUGAAACUAUUUGGGGAUUAGGUUUAGUAUCAGAUAUUCUACAUGAGGAAAAUGGACUACACGUGUCUGCUUCUGAGCAUCUCCAGGUAGAGACAGAUUACCUAUCAGACAGCUGCGUUGCAUCUGAUGCUUCCUCAGCAGUGUUUUCUAACGCUGUAAGGACACGCGUAGAUAAUAAUAUUCAUCUCGCUGAUGAAUCUCCUUCCCUAGCUGAAGAUGGUGACUCACAGGUUGUAAUCAAUAGUCAGCUGGUGGAUAUGGAUGAUAUGAUAGAAAACGUUGCUCCAACCACACAGUCACGUCCAUCUAGCCCUGAUCCAGAAAGCCAGACUCACUAUUCCACUUCUAUCAGUCACUCCAAAUCUGGCAGCUCACCUAUUGAUACAGAUUUCUUCAUCACCCAAGUGGGAAACCAGACAGUUAGUGAGAGUGAAUUAGACAUUUCCUCAUCACACCGCAAUGUGGCGUCGGAGGAACGCCGAGCAGAGAAACACACAAGUGCACUUCAGUCCCCUUUAGACAGCGAGCCAACUCCCAGUGUAGAUUACUUAUCACCCAGAGAUUUGACCGAAAGUGCAAUCAUGUCAGAGUCCAGGGGAAACGGUGACUAUGACAACAACAUGACAGACGAUGGCAGCAGAAUCACAUUAACUCAGCAAGCAGCGCUUCAUUCACAAAGUGAGUUUAGUGUUGGAUCAGAGCCCAGCUUUCCUCAAAAAGGUCAGAGUAUGCUUGUUGGUGAGAAAUCUCCUCAGUCAGCCGUUGUUUCCGAUGAAGUCACCGCAACAAAUGCUAAUAAUCCUCAGUGUUUUGAUGUUGAAGAUUUAGGGGACUACACUCAAACUCCCAGCAGCGCUUCUCUGGAAACAGUAUUGACUGGUGAGGAUCACAGAGCUGCAGAGGAUGUUGAGUUAAGCACAGACGGUCUUUCCCCCGAGAGGCAACACAAGAACAUUUACACAGUCACCAGAGAUACAGAGCAGCUCUCCACGCCAAGAUAUGCGGAGAAAGCGAGAGAUAAAGAAAAUAUUGGUGGAAAUGUCUCUGGGUCAGAAAUGAACUCAGAACAGUCUGAAACUAUUUUGCGAUUAGGUUUAGGAUCAGAUAUUCUACACGAGGAAAAUGGACUACACGUGUCUGCUUCUGAGCAUCUCCAGGUAGAUACUGAUUACCUAUCAGACAGCUGCGUUGCAUCUGAUGCUUCCUCAGCAGUGUUUUCUAACGCUGUAAGGACACGCGUAGAUGGCGACGGGGAAGAGAUUACUCAGGGGACUGAUGUCAGUGAUUUCCAAAAGGCACAAACUCCAGACUCUGAAAGCUCUAUCGCAGUAUUUCAGGACACUCCACAACCUUCAGACAAAAGUGGUUUUCAGGAGAAAGACAAAGAGGGCAGUCACCCAAACCUUCUCGUGGAUUUGUCGAAGCAAAACACCCUCAGUUCACACAACAAAGACAUCGGAAACUCAGAACUGAUGAUGCAGGAGGAGAAAUUCGGUGAAACGACGGAGCAGUCCGAUGCUCCAAACAUUCAGCUGCAACUGCUGCAGGUUCUUCAGACUGUGUCCUCUAGCCAAGACCUUUCAAUGCUUCAGGAGGUGAUGGACACUCUAAGCAGUGCUCUGGGGGGAGACUCUCUAGGGGGAGAUUCUCUCGGGGGAGACUCUCAGGAGGAGCGCUGGCACAGACUGGAUAGCAUCAAGGAGGAGAGCUCAGAGGGAGAAGAUGAGGAGUCAGCAGAAGAUGACUCGGGCCUCAGUCGUUCUGCUGCAGACAGUCACUCACCGUCUCCUCAGUCGCCUGGCAGCACUGAUGCCUGCAAAGUUGAGGAGGUCAAACAUAAGUUGUUCUCCAACCAGGACUUUUUAGAGUGUGUUGGGAGAUUGCAGGAUCACGCUGAUGUUUUAGAAGAUGUCAGAAAAGACCUUUUAAUCCAGGCACCCAUUGGCAACAACAUGGAAGAACUGCAGAUUCAAAAAGAGGAUUUUCAGUCUCUGGAUUCCCAACUUUCUCAAGUGGCUGGUGUUAUCACAGCAGAUAUGGAGAAAGCCCAACAGCUCUUAAAUUCUCCCGAUGAGGACAUUCCCAAACAGAUCCACCAAGAUUUGUCUUCAACAUAUUUGGAAUUGCAGCCACAUUUGACUGCUGUUUCCCAAAUGUAUGCAGAAAGGAGGCAUUCUCUAAUUCAAGCAAUGGAAACUGGAAAGGUGCACUUGGAAUCAUCGUACCAGAAACAUCUUAGUGAUCUUGGUGAACUAGCGGGCCUCAUCCAGAACAACUCAGGAAUGUGUGACGUGGAUUUAAAAACAUGUGAUGUGGACACACUGAAACAUUUGAUUCAGCAGAACAGGGACUCCAGCGGUCCGCUAAAAGAAGCAAGGCUCAAAUUAGAGGAUGCCACAUUUGAUAUCCAGUGCUUUAUUUCUGAGCACGCGCAGUUUCUGAGUCCAGCUCAGAGCAGCUACCUCCUCAAGUUCCUGAGCACAACUCAGCGAGCAUUCAGGGACCAGACUGAGAGGCUUGUCACCCAGAGGAGUGCCUUGGAUGUUCUACUGGAAACCAGGGAGAGGGAGAGUCAGAAGAAGUCUUUGUUGGAGAAACACAAAGAGUUUACAGAGAAGUUGGAGGAAGUGUGUGAUAAUCUCACCUUGACAGAAAACCAGCUGAUGGGUCAUCAGCAACAGGCUGGAAAUGCUGAGUGUGUCACUGACCUGCAGCAGUACCAGCAGGAGCACCAGGCUCUGCAAAAAGACGUAUUGAUCAAUGGCAGUGCCUUGAAUGACAUCAUCACCGGUACCAAAAAGUUUCUGGAGGAAAACCGGAGCAAGUUGAUGCCUGACCAAAUCGCCAUCAUUGAAAGCAAGUUGGAGGACGCGAAAAGCAAAGCCCAACUCAUCAACCAGCGGGCCGAGGAAUCCAGGAAAGAUUUGGAGAAGGUUGUUACCACAGCCAUAAAACAGGAGAGCGAAAAGGCAGCAGCUGUUGAGCGACUUGAAGAAAGUAAGAACAAAAUCGAAGGUCUCCUGGACUGGAUAUCUAACAUUGGGAAUGAGAACGAGAGUGGGCUGGAUCAAACGGACCAUAUAAGUAAAGAUAAUGGAAACCUGCCAGAAGAAACCUCAGCCACGGGAUUGAUAGGAGCGGAUGAUGAUGCCAAUGGAAAUGCUUUACGGGCCACUGGAAAUGAUUUUGGCAGAGAGACCAGCGAGAAGAACGACGCCUCCCAGCAGCUCGAUAAGCAGCACCACAGGGUCAAGGCUCGUCAUCAGGAGAUUCUGUCCCAGCAGCAGGAUCUGAUCAUGGCCACCCAGUCAGCUCAGGCUCUGCUCGACAAGCAGGCAGACGUGCUGUCUCCGGAGGAGAAGGAGAAGCUGCAGAAGAACAUCCAGGAGCUGAAGGGACGCUACGAGGCCUCCCUGACGCAGGCGGAACAGCAGAUGAAGCAGGUGCAGUGCGUCCAGGAGGAGAUGAAGAAGUUCCAAGGUGACUGUGAGGAGUUUGUCGGCUGGUUAGACCAGGCGGAGGGAGAGAUAGAGCAGCUGGGCGCUACUGCAAGCUCCCUUAAUAUCCUCAGUGAUAAACUCCAGCGACAGAAAAGCUUCUCAGAAGAUGUGAUUUCCCACAAAGGGGACCUUCGCUUCAUCACCAUGUCGGGACAGAAAGUGCUGGAUGUGGCUAACGCCUGUGGGUUGGCUGACUCUGCGGCUAAGAAUGCUCUGCUGGACGUUGAUACUUCAGGAACCUGCUCUGCUGUCAAGGACAAGUUGGAUUCAGCAGCCAGCAGAUACAAAACACUACAUUCACAGUGCAAUGAGCUCGGCAACAACCUCAAAGAUGUGGUUGACAAAUACCAAAAAUAUGAGGACUCGAGCGCUGGACUAUUGACGUGGCUCAACAGCUCCGAGGAGGAUGCGAGAAAGCAGCAGUCCGAGGCCAUAGCAGCUGACCCGCAAACACUACAGAAACAGCUGGAAGAGACCAAGGCCCUUCAAGGUCAGAUGACAGGUCAUCAGCCUGUUAUUGACACACUACGCAAAGCAGCUGAGUCUUUGACAACAUCUGAAGGAGACCUGCUGAGCAACUCAGACGACAUCCAGGAGACAGUAGAUGACAUAGUUGAGCGCUACGACAACCUGUCCAAGUCUGUGAGUGAUCGAAAUGAGAAACUGCAGAUCACCCUGACUCGAUCCAUGAGUGUCCAGGAUGGUUUGGAUGAGAUGAUGGGAUGGAUGGAGGGAGUGGAGGCCAGUGUGAAAGAGAAAGGACAAAUCCCCCUGGACUCUGUCUCUAUUGGAGAUAUCCUCAGCAAAGAAGUAGCGGUAGAGCAGGACAUAGCAAGUCGCCAGAGCAGCAUCUCAGCCAUGAAAGCCAAGGUGAAGACGUUUGUGGAGACAGCCGAUCCCUCUGCUGCUGCCCUUCUGCAGACUAAGAUGGAUGCUCUCUCCCAGCGCUUCUCUGAUUCCUGUAACAAGCAUAAGCAAAAGGUUUCCCAGCUGGAGCAGCUGAAGGAAAAGGUGGAACAGAUUGAGAAGGGAACAGAUAAAGUUCAGCAGUUUGUUGUGAAGCGUUCACAAGACCUUCACGAGACAGACGGGCCGGGGAAAACUUUCAAUGAACUGUCUCAGCUGAUGCAGAACACAAAAGCUGAGAUGGCUGAACAUGCCAGUGAUAUGGAGAUGCUGCAGACGCUGUCCAAAGAGCUGUCUGAAAUAAGCCCAGAUGGAAACAAAGUCCAGAUCCAGAGCAAGAUGGACAAUCUCUCAAAUAUAUUCAGCACCUUUAAAGACACCGUCAACAAAAAGGAAGAUGAGGUAUCAUCCUGUCAGGACCAGCUGGGAGAGUUCAGGUCUGCAGCCAGCGCUCUCACCAAGUGGCUGGAGGAGACCAAUGAGAAAGUACCUGCGCUCCAACCAAGCAGCAGUGUGAAAAGCCUGGAGAAGGACCUGCAGACAGUCACUGAGUUACUAGAUGAUUGGACCUUCAAAGUUCCUGCUGUCCAAGAUCUGAACAGUAAAGGAUCAGCGCUAUGCAGCCUCAUGACUUUCCUCACAUCACCCGCCAAGGCAAAGACCUCCAACAAGUCAGCUCUUACUAAUGGUGGUGGUCCAUCGAGCCAUUCCUACCUUACAAAUAAAGACCUGAUGGUAAUUCAGCAGAACAUGUCAUUCGUUAACGAGGGAUACGCGACCCUCGGGGAAACCCUGAAAGUUCGAGCAGCAGAGCUGAGGAGUUCGGUUCAGGAGGUGAAAGAGGCCCAAAAGGAGACGGACAGCAUGUUGACAUGGCUGAAGGACAUGAAAAAGACUGCUGCAUCCUGGAACAACGCAGCCACAGAGAAAGAUUCAGUGAAAACAGAGCUUGAACAGCAUAAGGCAUUUGAGGAUGAUAUGAAGCAAAAGAAGGAGCAGCUCCGGAAGCUCAGAGAGACGCUCCUCAACUUGAUUAGGACUCAUCCGAACUCCCCAGAGGCUGCAAAAUGGAAGCAGAUGCUGGCAGAUAUAGAUGCAGCUUGGGCGGAUGUCAGUGGCUCUGUAGUGGAGAGGAAGCAGCACCUGGAGGAGUCAAACAAGAACCUGGACAUCUUCCAAACAACUGAGCUGCAGCUUGGUCAGUGGCUUUCAGAGAAAGAGCUGAUGAUGAGUGUCCUUGGACCCCUCUCAAUAGAUCCGAACAUGCUUAAGAUGCAGAAGCAACAAGUGCAGAUCCUCCAGAAUGAAUUUAAGAGUCGCAAACCUCAAUACGAGCAACUCGAGGAAGCUGCUUCUGCCAUUCUGAGCUCCUGUGGCAACCAGGACCCCUCCAGUGGGAAGCUGGUGAGGGAGCAGCUAUCUGCCAUCACCCAGAAGUGGCAAGGCCUCACAGGACAGCUGGACCAGCGAGACAGCCUUAUCGACCAGGCCGCGGUGAAGACGGGGCAGCUUCAGGAGUUACUGAGGAGCGUCAGUCAGACUGCCGCUCAGCUGGAGAAUCAGCUCACCAACCAUCAGGGCCACAGCACCCAGCCCGAAGCUGUGAAGAAGCAGUUGGAGGAUGUCCACAACAUCUCGGCACAGCUGAGAGAGGAGAGGAAGAAGCUAAAGGAAGCUGAGACCGUCAAUGCAGAGCUCACCGCGAUGGUGACUGAAGAUUAUCUCAAAGCAGACUUGGCCAGGCAGCUGGAGAGUGUCAGCAAGCCUUUCAAACAGCUGGAGGAGAAAGCAGCAAAACGGAUUGAGCAUCUCAACGCAACCUUUGAAAGCUCUCAGCAGUUCCAUCAGACCUCCAAAGACUUCCAGUCAUGGCUGGGUGAGAAGAUCCAGGACCAGUCUAAGCCCCUCCCCAUCUCUGCCAGAGGGGACGUCCUGCAACAAACCCUGAAGGAGCACAGUAAACUCCAGAAGGCUCUCAGUGAACACGAUGAAGCUUAUAACACAAUCAGUGGGGAAGGGGAGAUGCUUCUGCAGAACACUGACGGUGCAGAAAAGUUGGCACUACAAGGGCAGCUUAAUACACUCUCGUCCAACUGGGAGGAGGUGAAGAAGAGCUCUGCGGAACAAGCUGGCGAACUCCAGAAUGCUCUGCAGAAAUCCCUGAAGUAUCAAGAGCAUGUCGAGAAGCUCAGCUCCUGGAUUCAAGAGUGUGAAGCUAGCGAGGGCCGAGUCAAACUCACUGUCGAUCCGGUCACAGUGGAGAGCUCAAUUUCUCAGGUGAAAGCUCUCCAGAAGGAUGUGGACAAGCACAGAGGAAUGGUGGAGCAGCUGAACAGCGCUGCAGAUAGCCUUCUGGAGGUGGCCAACACAGACACUGAUGCUAUCAAAGAGGAGAAGGCUAGCUUUGGCAAAAGAGUGGACAAUGUAGUAGAAAGUCUGCAGAGCAAAAGGGAGUCCCUGGAAAAGAUCUCACACACAGUUAAGGAAUUUAAUGAUGCCUACAAAGAGGCAAAGGGUCAGCUUGAAGGGGCUAAGAAGCAGGUGGAUAGCUAUGAGUCACAGGGGGUUCAGGCACACAGUAACAAGAACCUGACCAACAUGAAAGCCCAACAUAAGAGUUUAGAGGGAGUGCAGAACCAAGUAGAGCACCUGAAGACCUUGGCCAAAGACCUUGUGGUUGAUGUCCCAGAUGCUGAUGGAGUGACAGACCUCUUGCUUCAGGCUGACAGCAUGGACAAAGACUACAGCACCCUUAACAAGAAACUAGAAGAGACGUGCCAAGUGUUGGAGGGUAAACUGCAGGGUAUUGGGCAGUUCCAAAACAGUAUCCGUGAGAUGUUCACCCGUUUCACAGAACUGGAUGACGAACUGGACGGCAUGCCCCCUGUGGAUCUCAACUUGGCCACUCUUAAGGAACAGCAGGACAGCAUUCAGCGCUUUGUGGCAAAGCUGCAAGAGGGGAUGGCCAACACGACCACAGCUGGAGACAGCUGUGAGAAGAUGCUGGAGAUGGAAACCUCACCUGACCUGUUAGGCCUGAAGAGAGAUCUGGGCGCUUUGAGUAAGCAGAGCGGUAAACUGUUGGACAGGGCUAAAGGCAGAGAGGUGCAGGUGCAGAGCACUCUCACCAAACUGGAGGAGUUGUAUAGUAAAGUCCACCAAGCAGAAGAUAAACUCUGCAGCGCUGUGGGCAAGGAUGCAUCGCAGGAGGCAGUCGGCAUGGAGACAGACGUCAUCAACCAACAGCUGGAGGCCUUUAAGGCUUUUCAGAAAGAGGACAUUGAUCCGUUGCAGACGCAGCUACAAGACAUCAGCUCCCUCGGCCAGAACCUGAUCCAAAACGCUGCCAAAGGCACCAGCACCAAGCAACUCGAGGAUGACCUGGAGGAAGUCAACACGAAAUGGAAUACCCUCAAUAAGAAGAUUGCUGAGCGUUCGGCCCAGCUGCAUGAAGCCCUGUUGCAUUGUGGGAGGUUCCAGGAUGCUCUGGAGUCACUGCUCAGCUGGUUGACGGACACAGAGGACCUCGUGGCCAAUCAAAAACCUCCUUCUGCAGAAUUCAAAGUUGUCAAGGCACAGAUACAAGAACAGAAACUCUUACAGAGACUGCUGGAUGACAGAAAGCCAACAGUGGAGCUGAUAAAAAAAGAGGGAGAGAGGGUUGCAGAACUAGCAGAGUCUGUGGAUAAAGAGAAGGUUGAAAAAGAGAUCGAAUGCCUGGGGCAGAGGUGGGACACCCUGCUGAAGAAGGCUGAAAACAGGCACAAGCAACUAGAGGUCAUCUUAGUGGUCACUCAGCAGUUCCACGAGACGCUCGAGCCCCUGAGCGAGUGGCUCGGCGCUACAGAGAAACACCUAGCCAACUCCGAACCCAUCGGCACUGAGACGGCUAAACUGGAUGAUCAGAUUUCUCAGCAUAAGGCGUUAGAGGAGGAGAUUAUGAAUCACAGUAAAGACCUGUUACAUGCUGUCAGUCUGGGUCAGAAGCUCAAGUCUGUGAGCCCAGUGGACGAAAAAGAGUCCGUUCAGUCCAAAGUGGACUCCACCCAGGCCAGAUGCAUAGAGCUCCAGGAGCGAUGCAGGAGGAAAGCCGAGAUGCUGCAGCAGGCUCUUGCAAACGCCCAGGUGUUUGGAGAGGACAAAGUGGCCCUCAUGAACUGGCUUAACGAGGUGUACUCAAAGCUGAGCCAAGUGUCCGUGGAGGACUACAAAAUAGAGGUUCUUGAAAAGCAGCUGGCAGAACAAUGGGCACUACAGAGUAAUAUUGUGUUGAAGAAGAAAAAUGUGGAUCAAGCCAUAUCUAAUGGGAUGGAGCUUCUGAAGCAAACGACAGGUGAUGAGGUGGUUGUUAUCCAAGGCAAACUGGAUGGAAUAAAAACAAAGUAUGCUGAGAUCACCUCGAUGAGUGACAGCGUUCUGAAGACAUUGGAGCAGGUUUCGGGUCUCUCUAGCAAGCUGCAGCAAACCCACGAGGACCUGAGCUCCUGGCUCGAGAAAGUAGAGGCUGAGGUCAGCGCUUUUGCUGAACAGGAGCCAGCUGGCGAGCAGCUCGUUCAUGCACAAAGCAGGCAGACGGCCUUGUUGAAGGAGAGCAAAGACCAAAAAUCUGGGAUGGACAAGCUGAAUGAGUUGAGCAGCUCUCUCCUGGAUCUGAUCCCCUGGCACACUCGUGAGGGUCUGGACAAGCUAGUGACUGAGGAUAAUGAGCGAUACCGAGCCGUGUGCGACGCCGUCACCCAGCAGGUCCAACAGAUCAACGCUGACAUCCUCAAGUCACAGCAGUUCGAGCAGGCUGCAGACACUGAACUCUCCUGGCUGACUGAAGCGGAGAGGAAGUUGCUGUCGAUGGGCGAGAUCCGGCUAGAGCAGGACCAAACCACAUCCCAGCUCCAAACACAGAAGAUCUUCUCCAUGGACAUCAUGAGGCACAAAGAUGCUGUGGAUGAUAUUGUGAAAACGGGAAAGGCCAUCCUGAACAGCAACAACCCAGAAGAAAAAGAAAUGUUGAAGGCCAGGAUCCAGACUCUCUUGGAGAAGUACAGCAUGGUCAGUCAGCUGAACUCGGAGCGCUGUCUGCAGCUGGAGCGAGCCCAGUCUCUGGCCAGUCAAUUCUGGGAGACCUAUGAGGAGAUGUGGCCGUGGCUUCAGGAAACCUUGAGCGCCUUCAGCCAGCUGCCGCUGCCCUCCAUUGAGUAUGAAACACUCAGGCAGCAGCAAGAGGAGCUCAGGCAAAUGCGAGAGCUGAUUGCGGAGCACAAGCCCCACAUUGACAAGAUGAAUAAGACGGGGCCUCAGCUACUUGAACUCAGCCCAGUGGAGGGAGUGCCCAUCAGAGAGAAGUACACCGCUACGGACCAACUCUACACCAAACUCAAGGCCGAUGUCAAGCAGAAGGCUGCUACUCUGGAUGAGUCCAUCUCCAAAUCCACCCAGUUCCAUGAUAAAAUUGAGCCGAUGCUGGAAUCCCUGGAACGGAUCGCUGAACGCCUGCGAAAGCCUCCGUCCAUCUCAGUGGAGGUGGACAAGAUCAGGGAGCAUAUUACUGAAAAUAAAGCCGUCUCUGUGGAUUUGGAGAAGCUGCAGCCGUCUUAUGAGACACUGAGGCAGCGAGGCGACGAAAUGAUUGCACGAUCGGAAGGAGCAGACAAGGACAUUUCUGCCAAAGUUGUACAAGACAAACUGGACCAGAUGGUGUUCCUCUGGAGCGACAUCCAGGCAUUACUGGAGGAGCGGGAGGCGAAGCUGCUGGAUGUGAUGGACAUGGCGGACAGGUUCUGGUGCGACCACUGUGCUCUCAUCGCCACCAUCAAAGACAGCCAGGACCUGCUGAGAGAGCUGGAGGAGCCCGGAGUCGAUCCAUCAGUCGUCAAACAGCAGCAGGAGUUUGUCGAGGGAUUUAGGGAGGAGAUCGAUGGUCUGCAGGAAGAGCUUGAUGUGGUUCAAAACCAGGGUGCAGAGCUUAUGAUAGCCUGCGGGGAACCUGAUAAGCCCGUCAUAAAGAAAAGUCUUGAAGAGGUGAAUUCAGUGUGGGAAAAUCUCAAUAAGACUUGGAAGGAAAGAGUAGAGAGGCUGGAAGAAGCCAUGCAGACUGCUGUGCAGUUUCAGGAUGGCCUACAGGGUAUGUUUGACUGGGUGGAUAUUCUUGAGAGCAAACUGGAUACAAUGUCACCCGUCGGCACAGACCUGGAAACUGUGAAGCAGCAGAUUGUAGAACUCAAGGAGUUCAAAGGAGAGGCCUACCAGCUGCAGAUUGAGAUGGAGCGGCUGAACCACCAGGCAGGCCUCCUGCUGAAGAAAGUGACGGACGAGGACGAUCGUUCCGCCAUCCAGGAGCCGAUGUCUGAGCUCAAGAUGCUCUGGGAAAAUCUGGAUGAGAAGAUCAUCAGCCGACAGCACAAACUGGAGGGAGGCCUUCUGGCACUGGGCCAGUUUCAGCACGCACUGGACGAGCUGCUGGCCUGGAUGAGCCACACAGAGGAGCUGCUCAAUGACCAAAGGGAGGCGGGAGGAGACCCCAAAGCUGUCGAGAUAGAGCUCGCCAAGCAUCACGUUCUCCAGAACGAUGUGUUUGCUCAUAAGGCAACAGUCGAGUCCGUCAACAAGGCUGGUAAGGAUCUGGUGGAGUCCAGUGCUGGAGAGGAAGCUUCUGGUCUGCAGAGCAAACUGGAGCACCUGAACCUGCGGUGGAAAGACAUCCUGGAGAAGACGGGACAGAGGAAGCAACAACUAAAGAGUGCUCUGCUUCAGGCCCAAGGUUUCCAUGGUGACAUAGAAGAUAUGCAGCAAUGGCUGAAAGACACAGAACGUCAGCUGUUGGCAUCAAAGGGUGUGGGAGGCUUACCAGACACGGCCCGGGAGCAGCUUAACGCCCAUCUGGAGUUGUGUUCUGCCUUCGAGGUGAAGGAGGAGCUGUACCAGGAGCUGAUGAACAAGGGUCACCAGUUGCUCGCCAUAACACCCGAGGGUCCUGACAGCAACACGGAGCAGGACCUCGGCAACCUGAAGGAAAAGUGGGAAGCUGUGCAGGGGAAGGCCGCUGAGAGAAAAGUGAAACUAGAAGAAGCCUUGACGCUGGCCACGGAUUUCCACAACUCUCUGCAGGACUUCAUCAACUGGCUGACCCAAGGGGAGCAGACGCUGAACAUGGUUUCCCCUGCUUCCCUCAUUCUGGACACCAUCAUGUUUCAGAUCGACGAGCAUAAGGUGUUUGUGACAGAGGUGAACUCCCACAGGGAACACAUCAUUGAACUGGACCAGACAGGAACACAUUUAAAGUACUUCAGCCAGAAACAGGAUGUGGUCCUGAUCAAGAACCUGCUGCUCAGCGUGCAAGGCCGCUGGGAGAAGCUGGUGCAGCGCUCUGUUGAGCGAGGUCGUUUGCUGGAUGACGCCAGGAAGAGGGCGAAGCAGUUCCAUGAAACGUGGAAUAAACUGAUGGAGUGGUUGGACGAGUCUGAGAAGACUCUGGACUCAGAAGUGGAGAUCGCCAACGAUCCAGACAAAAUCAAGACGCAGCUGACGCAGCACAAGGAGUUCCAAAAAGCUGUUGGCAGCAAACACUCAGUGUAUGACACCACCACUCGGACCGGACGGGCCUUGAAAGACAAGACCUCCCUUCGGGAUGAUAACCAGAAGCUGGAUGACAUGCUGAGUGAACUGAGGGACAAAUGGGACACUAUUUGUGGCAAGUCCGUUGAAAGACAAAACAAGCUUGAGGAGGCCCUGUUGUUCUCGGGCCAGUUUACAGACGCUCUCCAGGCUCUCAUUGACUGGCUGUACAGAGUGGAACCGCAGCUGGCUGAGGACCAGCCCGUACACGGAGACAUAGACCUGGUUCUCAACCUGAUAGACAACCACAAGGUUUUCCAGAAGGAGUUGGGGAAGAGGACAGUAAGCGUUCAGGCCCUCAAACGCUCGGCCAAGGAGCUGAUUGAGAGCAGCCACGAUGACUCGUCGUGGGUCAAAGCCCAGAUGCAGGAGCUGAGCACUCGCUGGGAGACGGUGUGCAACCUCUCGGUGUCCAAACAGGCCCGGCUGGAGCAGGCUCUGUGUCAGGCGGAGGAGUUUCACUCCACGGUUCAUAUCCUGCUGGAGUGGCUGGCUGAGGCGGAGCAGAGUCUGCGUUUCCAUGGCAGCCUGCCUGACGAUGAGGAGGCUCUGCAGACGCUUAUCGAACAACACACGGAGUUCAUGAAGAACCUGGAGGAAAAGCGAGUGGCUCUAAAUAAAGCAACCAGUAUGGGGGAGGCUAUUCUGAUCAUCUGCCAUCCAGACUCGAUCACUACCAUCAAACACUGGAACACCAUCAUUAAAGCCCGGCUUGAAGAGGUGCAGGCUUGGGCCAGACAGCACCAGCAGCGACUGGCUACGGCCCUCACUGAGCUGUUAGCCACUCAGGACCUGCUGGAGAAUCUGCUGACCUGGCUUCAGUGGGCUGACACCAACCUCAACGAUAAGGACAAGGAGCAGCUUCCGCAGGAGCUUGCAGAUCUCAAAAGCCUCAUAGCAGACCACCAGGCAUUCAUGGAGGAAAUGACCAGGAAGCAACCAGAUGUUGACAAAAUCACCAAGACACACAAAAGGAAGGCGGCCGUGGAGCCCCCAAUCCUCUCUCACAUCCCUGUGCUCGGCAAAGGAAGAACUGGAAGUAAACGUUCUCCCACACAAACAAUGUAUGCGUCAGCAACACAACCUCUCAUCGAGACCAAGAACCCGCGGGUUAACCUGCUGGUCACUAAGUGGCAGCAGGUGUGGCUGCUGGCUUUGGAAAGACGGAGGAAACUCAACGAUGCCAUGGAUGGACUCGAGGAGUUGAAGGAAUUCGCCAACUUUGACUUUGAUGUAUGGCGGAAGCGCUACAUGCGCUGGAUGAACCACAAGAAGUCUCGUGUCAUGGACUUUUUCCGUCGCAUUGACAAAGAUCAAGAUGGCAAGGUGACCCGACAGGAGUUCAUAGAGGGCAUCCUCUCCUCCAAAUUCCCCACCAGCCGUCUGGAGAUGAGCGCUGUCGCAGACAUAUUUGACAGAGACGGCGACGGCUACAUUGACUACUAUGAAUUUGUGGCCGCGCUUCAUCCCAACAAGGAUGCUUACAAACCACUAACGGAUGAUGACAAAAUCGAAGAUGAGGUCACGAGACAAGUGGCAAAAUGCAAAUGUACAAAGCGAUUCCAAGUGGAGCAAAUCGGGGCCAACAAAUACCGGUUCUACCUUGGAAACCAGUUUGGAGACUCUCAGCAGCUGCGCUUAGUACGAAUCUUACGCAGCACUGUGAUGGUGCGGGUUGGAGGAGGCUGGAUGGCUCUGGAUGAGUUCCUGGUGAAGAACGACCCCUGUAGAGUUCAUCACCACGGAAGCAAAAUGUUGCGCUCGGAAUCAAACUCUUCAAUUACUCAGUCUCCCAUAGGUUGGCAAAUCUCACACUUGCUCACCUCGCUCCAUGAACCCACCUGUGCUAAAGGCAGGACCAACAUGGAGCUGCGAGAGAAGUUCAUCGUCCCGGAUGGAACCACUCAGGUGAUGGCGAGCUUCCGUUACAGAGGCCGAAGAUCUCGGCCGUCAUCCAGAGGAGCUUCUCCCAACAGAUCCACCUCCAGUCAGAGCUGUGCGGUCCCAUCAAACCCAGUAGUGACCAGUACACCCAAGACUCCCCAACUCAUAACGCGCAAUUAUGAUAAGCCCUGGCUUACAAACAUCAAAUCCUCCACUCCUCUUAAAUCAUCAGACUCUUUUGGGAGCCAAGGUUCAUCCUCAGAGAGUACUCCAGUUCAAGGCAGCAAAUUACGUCUUCCUGGGUACUUGUCAGGCAAAGGGUUUCAGUCUGGUGAGGAGGGAACCUUGAUCAGCGCUGCCGUACUGAAAGCUCGGGCACAGACGAUAGGUGAGCCGAGAAGAAAUUCGAGUCGACCAGGAAGUAAAGCAGGAAGCAGAGGGAGCAGUCGCAGAGGAAGUGACGCCUCUGACUUUGACAUCUCAGACAUCCAGUCUGUUUGCUCGGACGAGACAGUUGGGGACGCAACCCGAGCGGCGCCACGCUCUGCGCCCCGUCAACAAGGAGGAAAGCCCUCCAAGAUCCCCACUCCUCAGAGAAGAACGACUCCCACAAGCAAACUGACCAAGGGAUCCAAGCGAUAGUCAGUGGCUUUGAAAACCAACGACCCAGGAGCAAGUUGCACCCUAAACACCUAACAGACACUGGAGACAUCUAAUUUAAAAGACUACAAAUGUGUUGAGUGUUAUUUAAAUCAUUGCGAAGAUGUAAAAUAUUCUUUUGAGAGGCAAUAUUGUUUAAUAUUAUGUGAGAAUGAAAUGUUAAUGGCCUUGUGUAUUUGUUUUUAAUGUAUUUUAUUUUUUGUGAAAUAUUUCAAAAUGUUUUUAUUGUAUUUUAUUCUUUUAAUGCAAAACCUGGAGUUGUUUGACGAACACUAGAAAACCUGGGAAUGUUGUACGGUUAGCUAACAUUUCUAAAAACACUAAUGAAGGGCAAGAGGCGGGAUAGAGUUACUGAAUGUACUGUGAUUUAUGUUUGCUGAUGUUUGGAGUAGAUGGUGCAUUAUGGUACCAUUUGAGGUGCUGCAAUGAUCUAUUUAAGUGAUAUGAUAUACUGCCAACAUGCAUCUAAAGAGCAAUGCAAUAUACUACAAUAAACCCCAGUAAGCACUGCAGAAACCUUUGAAGAAUACUAUUUAUGGCAAGUAGCAGAAACAUCGUAAUCAUAAAGCUUUUAAGUCCUGUUUGUUUGUCGUCAGCUGCAGUCCCUGUUUCAUUUGAUCACUUGACAGCAGUGUGUGCUUGAAGGGGUGGUGGCACUCAAUGUAGACAUUCUCGUGUGCAUCCUUGUCAAUGUAUGGUUCAUUUGGGUAGAGCUGAAAUUGUCACUGUAACAUUACUUUGUAAUAAACCUGCUUGCAGAAAGCAACCAGA